AUGCUGCGAUUAGCCGUUGCUCGGAGCAAUGCAUGCCUCGAGCAAGGCGCCCGACAGCCCAUCCGGCGCCAAUGGCAAUGGCAACCACAGCCCUAUCGACAACCGCUGAGUAGAGCAUUCGUCGAUGCACGAUCGCCCGAUAAGACUGUCCUGCCUGGCUCCCAGAGCGGCACCGUCGCUGGUGUCCCUCAAGCACCCGUCCUGCCGCCAGCGACAGAGAAGCCAGCCGCAACCGACAUACCACCCAUUGGCACUCCCUUGGAGCCGCCCUCGCCCGCCCAGGUCAAGUCGGCUCCUCCCGCGCCCUCCACCAACACCGGCAAUCUCCCACCCAUCGGCACCGGCACUGCAAAGACUGGUCCCUCGUCCGCGCCUCCUCCACCUCCCAAGAAGAAGGGCCGCUUCCGACGCUUCCUCACCACCCUCUUGAUCCUCUCUGCGUUGGGAUAUGGCGGCGGUGUAUACUACUCGCUCGUCAACGACAACUUCCACGACUUCUUCACCGAGUACGUGCCGUUCGGCGAGGAUGCAGUGGCAUACUUUGAGGAUCGUGAGUUCCGCAAGCGCUUCCCGCAGCGAGAAUUUGCGGGCAGGAACUGGCCGCAGACGCGCGGUGAGAACAAGAUCACCAUAGGUCGCCAGAGCGGCGUGAACCCAAGAGUCGCCGAGUCGGAAACCGACAAUGUUGGCUCAGAUCUUGCUCAACGCGGCAGACACACGAGCGCCCUCGAUGAUAACAAGGCCAACCCGGCAGAACAAAAGAAGGAGCAGAAGCCUGCCCAGCCAGCGAAGAAGGGGGACAAACCUGCAGCAAAGCAGAACGAUAAGACAGCUGCUCCGUCUACACCUGCUGCACCUCACCCAACCUCCACACUACCAGCCGCCUCGCUUGUGGACAACUUGGCCGUGUCUGAAGGGCAAGAACAUGCAGUGCAGGAAGUUGUCAAGCUCGUCAACAACAUCAUAACUGCUGUCAAUGCAUCUCCCGAAGCUCCCAAGUACGCCAGCACGAUCUCAUCGGCCAAGCAGGACUUGGACAAGGUCAUUUCCGAGAUCAAGACCAUGAGGGAACAGAUUGCAAAGGACGCUGACAGCAAGAUCCAAUCCGCUCAUACCGACUUCGACAACGCUGCCAAGGAACUGGUCCGGCGUCUUGAGGGUGAGAUGCGUGAACAGGAGACGAGGUGGCGUGAGGAGUAUGAACAGGAGCGUGAGAAGCUCAGCACGAGCUAUCAACAGAGGCUCUCUGCUGAAGUGGAUGCCACCAAGAAGGUCCUGGAGCAGAAGAACAAGAACGCCUUGUUGGAACAAGAGAUUGCGCUACAAAAGAAGUUCAUGGAUGACGUGCGAUCGAAAGUAGAGGAGGAGCGCAAUGGACGUCUCUCCAAGAUCGAUGAGCUGUCAUCGAAUGUGCAAGAGCUCGAGAAGCUGUCUUCGCAAUGGAACGAGGUCAUUGAUGCGACACUCCAAACACAGCACCUACAGGUCGCGCUCGAAGCUGUGAGGGCUAAACUUCAGGUAUCCGACCACCCUACACCCUUUAUCAACGAGCUGGUUGCCCUCAAGGAGGUGAGCAAGAACAACGAUGUUGUCAGCGCUGCUAUUGCUUCAAUAAAUCCAGCUGCCUACCAGCGCGGAGUUCCGUCUGGCGCUGCUCUUAUCGACCGAUUCAGGAGAGUCGCGACCGAAGUGCGAAAGGCUUCUCUGCUACCGGAAGACGCUGGCGUUGCAAGCCACGCUGCCAGCGCUGUUCUCUCAAGGUUCAUGUUCCAAAAGAAGAGUGACCGUGGGCUACCAGAGGGUGAAGAUGUCGAGGCCACACUUGCCCGGACCGAGGUUUUGCUCGAGGAGGGUGAUUUAGACGCUGCUGCGCGUGAGAUGAACAGUUUCAAGGGCUGGGCUGGCGUUCUAUCGCGUGACUGGGUCAGCGAGUGCCGAAGGGUACUGGAGGUCAGGCAAGCUGUCGAUGUGAUGUCAACAGAAGCCCGGCUACAAAGUCUUCUUGUCGACUAA